AUGGCUCUCGCACCUAAAUUUGCAGGCCACCGUUGGGGCGUAAGCACCGCACCUCACGUUUUGGAAGCUUACUUAGACUAUGUGUGCCCAUUUUCGGCUAAAUUGUUCUUGAGACUUCGAAACGAGGUGUUCCCUUUUAUCGAAGAAAAAUAUCCUGGACAAAUCCAAUUUUUGUUCCGUCAACAGGUGCAACCGUGGCAUCCAUGCUCGAGUAUUGUUCACGAGGCUGCCUUAGCCGUAGAAAGGAUUGAUAAAAGCCAAUUCUUGGAUUUUUCAGCUAAAUUGUUUGAAGUUCAGAAAGAGUAUUUUGACGAAUCUGUUCAGGCUCUCACUCGCUCACAGAUCAAUAACUCCCUGGCAAGACAUACAAACUUGUUUGGAAUAUCUUCUGAUCAAUUUAUAUCAUUGAUCGACAUCCCGACGGUUUCCAAUGCCUCUGAGGCUAAAAACAGUGGAAACCAAAUAAGUGCUGACCUUAAAUGGCACAUCAAGCUAGGUCGUCAAAACGGUAUUCAUGUCAGCCCGACUGUUUUAUUUGAUGGGCUUAUUGAUGAUAGUAUUAGUUCUAGCUCGACUCUUGUGCAAUGGCAAGAAUGGUUAGCUAAGAAGAUGACAUAA